AUGUAUAACUAUCUGCUUUUUUAUUUUCCCUUUCUCCCACUCUUUUUGUCUCCAUUUUCCUCCGUCCGCUGCACUCUUUCCUCUGCACUUUCAUUUCCCUCCCCCUCUUUCUAUGUAAUUCUUCCUCACCCCUUCCUUCUUCAAUCAGUCUUCUCCUAUUCCACUCUUCUUCCACGUUAUCGAAAUACAACUCCUCUUACCUCACUCUUCCAACUUUACUCCUUCCUCUGCCUCUUCUCUCUUCUUCUCCCACUUUAUUUCCUGCAACUGAGUCCUUCUCCUCCCAUUUCGAUCUUCCUCUUCCCUUUCACGCUUUAUUUUUCUCCUCCUAUCUUAAUCUUCUACCUCCCACUUCAUCCUCUCCUCCCACUUCGUUCUUCUUCUUCCCUCCCACAGUUUACUUUUCUCUUAUCUUACUCUUCUACCACUCAUUUUCCUCUCCUCCCACUUCGAUCUUCCUCUUCCCUGCCACACUUUACUUUUCUCCUGCCUUACUCUUCUACCACAUAUUUUCCUCUCUUCACACUUUACUCUUCCUCAUACUACACAAUCUUCCUCCUGUUGCUUUUCCUCUUCUUUUUCUCACUCCACUCUUCCUUCUCCUCUGCUGCCAUUUGUAUCUCGCCUGCUAAGCAUUGCCACUGCAAUUACCGCUUUCUUUCAAACAAUCUUUAA